GGCAGACAAUACCACGUUAUUCAGGAGAUUUGACAGCUCCGUCCAUUCCCCUAGGAAGUCUAUUGCGAGAGAGAGAGGGGUUCCAUCCAGUCUAUCUUCCCGAUCAAUGAUGUUCAGAUUCGGCAAUUUGUGUCUGUGCUUCAUUUGGAUAAACGUGUUCGCGUGCCUCGCUGGAUCGCUCGGAGAACCUCUCUUCGGGGAAUUCGGAAGACGCCCGGGACCGUGGAAUCCGGACGUAGUCAUUCCUCAUCGGGAUUACCUCAGACCUCGGAUCCCCAGUGGAAAACUUGAUUAUGAGAAGUCCGGAGCCGUCGACAACAACAACAACCUCAGGCUUGCUGACAUAGAAGAAGGACUGGGCCUGGAUAGGGAUCGGAAACAAGAUUCCGGGAUACUGAAGCGAUUCCUGAACGCCGCGCGUUACGCCAUCUCUUUCCCCAAGACAUGCGAGUACGACAACGAGACGCAUCCUUGCGGAUUCGGUGCCUCUUGUUGGGUAGACGGGAAGAGUCCCUUGAACCUUUGCGGCGGCGGACUUGUAUGGGCCUGCUGCGUUCCGCUAAUAAUUGCACCCGGUGUUCCGAGGGGCGAGAUUCUGCCCGCGGAUACUCCGUGCGGUAAGAAACAUCUAUUCCGAGGGAGAAUAAUCGGUGGACAUCCCGCGACGUUCGCGGAACAGCCCUGGCAGGUGGCUUUGAUGAAGCGCACUUUCUAUGGUCACACUUUGCAAUGCGGGGGCAGUCUCAUAAACAAGAAGUUCAUCCUGACCGCAGCGCACUGUGUUUACAGGAGAGACGCGUCUCUCAUGAGAGUGAGACUCGGAGAACUCAAUCUGGAUGACUUCUCAGAACCGUAUGUGCACGAAGAAUAUCUGAUCAAGAGGAUCAUAAUCCAUGAGAACUACGACCACACGAGUUUUUACAACGACAUCGCUCUUCUCGAAAUGACGGAACGCGUUCGGUUCAGAAGACAUAUUAUCCCUAUAUGUCUGCCGCAGAGCGGUGACACUUUCGUCGACAAGACGGUGACGGUCGCUGGAUGGGGCAGCGUGCAAUUCCCCUCAAGGAAGUCCUCGCCCAUCCUACGGAAAGUUGAUCUUCGAGUUCUGGACACGGAUAUCUGCCGCCGUUGGUACUCGUCUUACCACGGGGCCUCAAGACUCGAUGAAUCAACGUUGUGCGCCGGUUAUAAGGCCGGAGGGAAAGACACAUGUCAAGGCGAUUCCGGGGGUCCUCUGUGGUCGGAAGAAAGCGGUUGGGCCCAGCUGAUAGGAAUCGUUUCUUGGGGCGUUCAGUGUGGUAUGCCGAGAAAGCCGGGAGUAUACACGAGGGUUACCAAUUACCUGGAUUGGAUAGGCGGCCACUUAGAGGAUCAGAGCCAGAGAAAUAGAUCAUGUUGA